CGCGCCGCUCCGCGCCCCGGCGGCUCCCGCACCCCGCGGCGGCGGCCGGGAGCCGCGGGCGGAGGCGGAGGCGGCGGCGGGGGGACCCCGGCGGGCUGGAAGUGCCUGGGCGAGGGAGCUCGGGUUACAGAGAAAGGGGCUUGGCCAGGCGCAGGGGAGGUGGGCGGAGGGUCCUUUUCUCUGUCUGUUUCUCUCCCUCUGCCUUUUUUUUUUUCCCUUCUCCCUCCCGAGCUCUUUGUGUCCCCCCCCCCACUCCCCUCCUCUCUCGCUCUCACACCCCCCCACCCUCCCCAACCCACCGCCGCCACCCAACCCCCUCUCAAGUCUUUGUUAGCCAUGCCUAGCCUGGUAGUACCAGGGAUAAUGGAAAGGAACGGGGGCUUCGGCGAUUUAGGCUGUUUCGGUGGGAGCGGCAAAGACAGAGCGCUGCUGGAGGAUGACCGGGCGCUGCAGCUCGCCCUGGACCAGCUCUGCCUGCUGGGGCUAGGCGAGCCUUCCUCCUCCUCCUCCUCCUCCGCCGUGGUGCUGGUGGAGGACAGCAACAACAACAACAAUAACCCGCCGCCGCCGCCGCCGCAGCAGCCCCCGCCGCCGCCGCCGCCGCCGCAGCAGCAGCCGCCGCCGCCGCCGCCGCCGCCGCCGCCGGCCCCGAAGGGCUCGUCGGCGCCCAGCGCCGGGGCGGCGGAGCCCAAGUUGUGCGCGCUGUACAAGGAGGCCGAGCUGCGGCUCAAGAGCAGCUCCAACACCACCGAGUGCGUCCCGGUGCCCAGCUCCGAGCACGUGGCCGAGAUCGUGGGCCGGCAAGGCUGCAAGAUCAAAGCGCUGCGGGCGAAGACCAACACUUACAUCAAGACGCCGGUGCGGGGCGAGGAGCCGGUCUUCAUGGUGACGGGGCGGCGGGAGGACGUGGCCAUGGCCCGGCGGGAGAUCAUCUCCGCGGCCGAGCACUUCUCCAUGAUCCGCGCCUCCCGCAACAAGGCCGGCACCACCUUCGGCAGCGCUCCCACCUUGCCGGGCCAGGUCACCAUCCGGGUGCGGGUGCCCUACCGCGUGGUGGGCUUGGUGGUGGGGCCCAAAGGAGCCACCAUCAAGCGGAUCCAGCAGCAGACCAACACCUACAUCAUCACGCCCAGCCGGGACCGGGACCCCGUCUUCGAAAUCACCGGGGCGCCGGGCAACGUGGAGCGCGCCCGGGAGGAGAUCGAGACCCACAUCGCCGUGCGGACGGGCAAAAUCCUGGAGUACAACAACGAGAACGACUUCCUCUCCAGCAGCCCCGACUCCGGCAUGGAGAACCGCUACUCGGAGGCCUGGCGGGUCCACACGCCAGCGCCGGGCUGCAAGCCGCUCUCCACCUUCCGGCAGAACAGCCUGGGCUGCAUCGGCGACUGCUCCGUGGACCCCGUCUACGAGACCCCCCGGCUGAACGACCAAAACGACUUCAAUUACGGUUACCUCUUCCCCAACUAUGGCGUCAACAAGCAAGAUCUCUAUUACGGGGUGCCGGAGUCGGGUGCCCCGAUGUGGGCCGGGCAGGAGAACACCAACCCCGUCUCCGUGCUCUUCUCCAAGCAGCAGCGGUCCAGCAGCACCGGCGCCAUCCACCCCAAUUCCCAUCGCUCCCCUUCCUCUUCCAUCCAAGAGCCCAGUCUCUCCGGCCUGCCGCGGCGGUCGCAGGGGGAACCGCUCCAAGGCUUUUCCAAGCUGGGCACCACCGCCGCUGCCCGGACGUCCGUGUCCAGCAGCCGUGAGUGCAUGGUGUGCUUCGAGAGCGAGGUGACGGCGGCCCUGGUGCCGUGCGGCCACAACCUCUUCUGCAUGGAGUGCGCCGUGAGGAUCUGCGAGAGGACUGAUCCCGAGUGCCCCGUCUGCCACGCUGCAGCCACUCAGGCCAUUAGAAUAUUUUCCUAAAAAGACAGAGCAGGGCAUUGGGGUGGGGUGGGGUGGGAGUAGGAAGGGAGCGUGGUGGGGAGGCGGGGGGGGGGUCCAGGAGGAAAAGAAAGAAAGCUGAUAAUAAUAAUAAUAAUUAAUAAUAAUAAUAAUAAUGACAUCUGAAGAACAAACGAAUGAAUGAAAGAAUAAAUUAAUUUAAAGAAGAAGAAGAAGAAGAAAAAAAGAAAUUAUUUUACAAGCAAUGUAUGUUAUUUUUUAAAAAAAACAGAAAAAGAAAGUGAAUAAUAAAAUUAAGAUGAAUAGCAAAGCCAGAAAUUGUGAAGGGCGAACGAUGCUCCAGCCUGCGAUGUCUUUUUUAAAGCAAGUACUCUGAACGCACACUCGGAUCUCGCAAGCAAAGCGGUUUAGUUCCAUUUUUUUUGGUGGUGAGACUGGGACUUCUCUGCGUCGACCAAGCCGGGCCAUCCCGACGGGACGGGGAAGGGCGCAGGGACGCGGGGAGGGCCCUGCCGGCCCUUCUUCUCCGGCCGCGUUCCAGCUUCACCUUGGUCUGGAGCCCCCACUCUCCUCCCCCCCAGGGACGUCGGCCCAACUGGGAGCUCAGAAAGAAACAAAUAGAAAGAAAGGAAAACGGAUGACGGGGAUGUAAAAAAAGAAAAAAAGAAACCAUCGACCUCUGGGAACCUGUUAGAACGAGGGCACAACUGUAUUACCUCAAAGAUUUAAACAAAAAACCACAGCAGCUAAAGAACUUUUAUUGUUUUCCUUUUUUUCUAAAAAAAAACCGCAAAAAAGCAAAAAAAAAUCAAAAAAAGAAGAAGAAGAAGUAAAAAUGACGCCAGUGAAACUGAAGAAGGUUUGGAAGAACCUAUUGGAAUCACACUGGGCGAUUAGCAUUUAUUUUAUUAUUCUGAGCCACCGCGGAGUCUGGAACUUUGUUCUUUUUUCCUUAUCCGAGCAGGGAUUUGUUCAUCAGACGAAUCAGGAGUCACUAACAGGGUAUUUCAAAAGCAGUCUUGAGUUCCCAUCCAUGGGGGGAGUGUGUCGACUUCCGUCUUUCCGUAAUUCACUCUUCAUCCUUUUUUCCAAGUGAUGCCAGCUGCAGCUACACCGAACACACACAUGCACACACCCACACGCACACCCACACACACACCCACACACACACACACACACACACACAGAUACACACACACGUGCGCACGCGCGCACACACACACACACAACGUUGUGCUUUUCUUUUCUUAAAAAUAUAUAUAUAUCGCACCAAAACCUAAGAAAGACGAUCAUGCAAUACAGGCAAUGAGCCCAUACGAAACCAACAUGCAUCCCAACAGAAAGCAAAAAAAACCCCGAGUUUAUAUAUAUAAUUUUGUUGUCGUCGUUUUUAAACUGGACCAAAACUUUUGUUACCCAAAACCGAGUGGAGGAAAAAAAAAAGAAGAAAAAAGUAUUUCUUUAUGGACCAAAACCUCUUCAGCUGUCCUUUACCUGGAUCUUCCUGAGGUUGGCCACUUUUAUAUAUUAUAUUUUUUUCAGAACGGAACAAAAAAAAAAACAGAAUUGCCUUGUUGAACAUCCUUUAAUCAUUUCAAGACUCCUGGUUUUGUUAAAUCAGAUACUUUUUAACCCGUUGGGAAGUGGGGAGAGGAUGGGCUUCGAAGCUGGCUUCUGUGCCAACGCACGCGAGAUGCCAGCCAGCAUCUUAACGUCGUCAGGUUUGUUCAGCCGGCCUCCGGAUGCCAAAACGCCUCGGUGGUAGAGAUGUGUGUUGGAUUAACCUAGCGAGUACCAGUAUACCUAUCUAUGAAUAUAUGUGUAUGUAUAUAUAUAGGCACUUCUCUCGUCAAGCACCUAUAUAUAUAUGUAUGUGUAUAUACAAUUAUAUAUAUAGUUUUUUCUCCCACCACCGCCGCUUCCCUGUUUCCUGCCCCUCAACUUCUGCUCACAGAUCCCGGACCCUGAUUUAGAACUGAACCAGCAAAGUUUCACAACUUGGCAGAGACAGUUCUACGGCGAAAAACAGAAAAAAUAAUAAAAAAAAAUCGCCUGAGAUUUUUUUUUUUCCCUUCAGUUACAGGAGACUUUAUUUUCAUCGUAAGCAUGUUGCUGGGAACGUCCCCUCCUCCGGCUCGGCCCGGUUCCUCGCCGCGGGGCGGCCCGCCGGGCUCCAGCGGGGCACCGGCCUCGCCGGCGGCGGGGACGGAUUCGGAGCCCCCCCCGCGGGCCGGCGGAUUUCGGGCGGAGGGCUCGGGCGAUGAUGGGCCCCCACCGCUUUGCAGCAACGGUAAAAUACCGCGGAGGGGCACGAGGCGGACGGCGGGGCGGACGACGUGCCUCGGUGCUGCGACGGAUGCCGAUUGCUCCGAUUUUUGUAUUUUUUUUUUAAGACAAAAAAAAGAAAAAAAAGAAACGAUGCUGUGCUAAA